CCGCCCGCCCCGCGCCGCCGCCGCAGCCCCGCCAGACGCAGCGCGGCUCGGAGCGCGCACGGAGCCUCCCGCAGCCGCCGCCAUGGCCCGGAACCGCCGGGACAGGAGCAGCUGGGGCAGUUUUGCAGACAAGACUUACGAGUGGAGCUCUGAGGAGGAGGAGUCAGUGAGGAAGGCAGGGCCAGUGCAGGUGCUCAUUGUCAAAGAUGAUCACUCCUUCGAGCUGGACGAGGCCGCCCUGAACCGCAUCCUGCUCUCCGAGGCUGUCAGAGAUAAGGAGGUGGUGGCUGUGUCCGUGGCUGGAGCUUUCAGGAAAGGAAAAUCCUUCCUGAUGGACUUCAUGCUGCGCUACAUGUACAAUAAGGAGGCAGUGGACUGGGUUGGGGAUUACAACGAGCCCCUGACCGGUUUCUCCUGGAGGGGCGGCUCCGAGCGGGAGACGACCGGGAUUCAGAUAUGGAGCGAGGUGUUCCUGGUGGACAAGCCUGAUGGCACCAAGGUUGCAGUGCUGCUGAUGGACACCCAGGGCACCUUUGACAGCCAGUCCACCCUCAGGGACUCUGCCACCGUGUUUGCCCUCAGCACCAUGAUCAGCUCCAUCCAGGUUUAUAACUUGUCCCAGAACGUGCAGGAGGAUGAUCUGCAGCACUUGCAGCUUUUCACCGAGUAUGGCCGGCUGGCCAUGGAGGAGACGUUCCAGAAGCCUUUCCAGUCCCUCAUAUUCCUUGUUCGUGACUGGAGCUUCCCUUAUGAAUUCUCCUAUGGAUCUGAUGGUGGUGCAAGAUUUUUGGAGAAGAGGCUGAAGGUGUCAGGCAAUCAGCACGAGGAGCUGCAGAAUGUCAGGAAGCACAUCCACUCCUGCUUCACCAAAAUCUCCUGCUUCCUCUUACCCCACCCCGGCCUCAAAGUUGCCACCAACCCCAAUUUUGAUGGAAAACUGAAAGAAAUAGACGAUGAGUUCAUCAAGAACUUGAAGAUUUUGAUUCCUUGGCUCCUUAGUCCUGAGAACCUGGACGUUAAGGAGAUCAAUGGAAACCACAUCACCUGUCGAGGCCUUGUGGAGUAUUUUAAGGCCUACAUCAAGAUUUACCAAGGGGAGGAGCUGCCACACCCCAAGUCCAUGCUGCAGGCCACAGCAGAAGCCAACAAUUUAGCAGCAGUUGCCACUGCCAAAGACACCUACAGCAGGAGGAUGGAAGAGGUGGGUGGUGCUGACCAUCCAGACGCGCGUAUUUCCCGUGUCAGUGAUGAUCCCCGGCCAGCAGCGCCCCAGCUGUUCCUGCCCGUGUCCCUGAAGAAGAUGGGGAGAGUUCAGCGGCCGCUACCUGCAGCAAGGAGCAUGGACGAGAUCGACGAGCUCUACAUCCAGUACAUCAAACACAACGACAGCAAGAACAUCUUCCACGCCGCCCGCACCCCGGCCACGCUCUUCGUCGUCAUCUUCAUCACCUACGUGCUGGCCGGCGUCACCGGCUUCAUUGGCUUGGACAUCAUAGCCAGCCUGUGCAACAUGAUCCUGGGCUUGACACUUAUCACACUCUGUACCUGGGCUUAUAUCAGAUACUCUGGGGAGUACAGAGAACUGGGAGCUGUAAUAGACCAAGUGGCUGCAGCCUUGUGGGACCAGGGAAGCACCAAUGAGGCCUUGUACAAGCUGUACAGCGCGGCCGCCACGCACAGACACCUGUACCAGCACGCCUUCCCCGCGCCGCGGGCCGAGCCCGGCCCGGCCGCCGACAGGAAGCAGCUCUAGGAGCGGGGCCGGCGCCGCACGGCCGGGGCUCCGCUGGGAUCGCCGCCCGUGCCCGGCCCGAGCCCGCCGGGAGCGCGGCAGCGGUGCCGCGGGCAGGGCCAGCAUGGAUGUCCCUGUCCCUGUGUACAUAGGGCACUGCCGCAGCCCGGAGCUUUGGUCUGUCAUUGCCAGCGACUCCCAGCUCAUUUAUGAAGCCUUAUUUCCCCCUUCUUAAUUAGUCACCACUGAGGAAACGUUAAUUUACGUGAUACCGCAACUAAAAUGGCCGAAGCUUGUCCAAAAGCCAGUUUAUUUCAGGUACUUGAAGAAGUUAUAACAUGUAACCACGUUUGUUUCCUUCGUUUAACUUACGUGAACAUAAUUAAAGUGUUAACUUGCUUUAUCAGACACUGUUACGGGCACUUCUGCUGUGGUCUGUUAAGGGUGCUGUGAGGAACCGUUUCUGUUUGUCUGCACAAAGUGUCACUUUGUAGCUGUUCUGGAGGAAGUUUCUCUGUAUUCUGUACAUAUUUAUCCAUGAUAGUGCAUAGGACGUGUGGUACAGUUCUAUUCUUUUAUUGUCAGGACUAUUAAAGUUUGCUUUUGGUUCCUAAGAA